GACGCGCAGCGGUUUGAACCUCGGCAGCGCGGAGGCGGAAGCAGCGGAACCGGGUCGAGACGUCUCUGUCCGGGAGAACCGAGACCAGAACCUGCUCCAGGACCGCGGCAGCUCCAGAGCUGGACCCGGACCCGAGGUGGAGGCACGGCGGCUCCUUGUGUAGCCGUCCCUGGGUGACGUGAAGCCGGCGUCGCUCGAAGCGAGUCGCUCCCUCCUCCCGGUGCUAGCUGCUAGCUGCUAACUAGCCAGCGAGCUAACGUAGCAGCUAACCCCGGACACAAAGGACGAGUCCCCCCGGGUUCGGCCCCUCGCUGCCCGGCAGCCUCGCUGGAUGAGACCCGGUUCUCCGGUGCGGUCUGAUCAUGGUGCUCACAGGGAAGCGCUCGGAGAAAGGUCCGGCCUGCUGGAAGAGGAGAGUGAAGUCUGAGUACAUGAGGCUGAGGCAGCUCAAACGCUUCAGGAGGGCCGACGAGGUCAAGUCCAUGUUCAGCUCCAACCGUCAGAAGAUCGUGAAGCGAACCGACCUCCUGAACCAGGAGUGGAGGACCCGGAGGAUCCAGCCGGUUCACAUCAUGACGUCCGUCAGCUCUCUGCGAGGAACCCGAGAGUGCACGGUGGACAGCGGCUUCUCGGAGUUCCCUCGGCAGGUCAUCCCCCUGAAGACCCUCAACGCCGUGGCCUCCGUGCCGGUCAUGUACUCCUGGUCCCCGCUGCAGCAGAACUUCAUGGUGGAGGACGAGACGGUUCUGCACAACAUCCCGUACAUGGGAGACGAGAUCCUGGACCAGGACGGGACCUUCAUAGAGGAGCUCAUCAAGAACUAUGACGGCAAAGUCCACGGAGACAGAGAAUGCGGCUUCAUCAACGACGAGAUCUUCGUGGAGCUGGUCGGAGCUCUGUCCCAGUACAGUGACAACGAGGAGGACGACGAGGAGGAGGAGCCGGACUUCAAGGUGGAGAAGAUGGAGCUGUGUGACAGCAAGGAGCCCCCCCCGGAAGACCCCCGGAGCAAGGAAGGGCUCCUGAACAGUGAGAGCCGAACCAGCAGCGACAGCUCCAAGAAGUUUCCAUCAGACAAGAUUUUUGAAGCCAUCUCCUCCAUGUUCCCCGACAAGGGCUCCACCGAGGAGCUGAAGGAGAAGUACAAGGAGCUGACGGAGCAGCAGCUGCCCGGCGCCCUCCCUCCUGAGUGCACGCCGAACAUCGAUGGGCCGAACGCUCGCUCGGUGCAGCGCGAGCAGAGUCUUCACUCGUUCCACACGCUGUUCUGCCGCCGCUGCUUCAAAUACGACUGCUUCCUCCACCCUUUCCACGCGACUCCAAACACGUAUAAACGCAAGAACCUGGAGAACCUGGUGGAGAGCAAACCGUGCGGCAGCGACUGCUCCAUGUUCCUGCUGCAGGACGGGAUGGUGAGGGAGUACCCGGAGGGCGUGGUCGCAGAGCGAGUCAAAACUCCCACCAAGCGCGUGGUGGUGGGCCGGCGCCGCGGGCGACCCAACAGCCGGCCGACCACGCCCACCGUGUCCUCGGAACCCAAAGACACCGACAGCGACCAGGAGGGAAGCAAAGAGGACGAGCGGGAGGACAAGGACGAUGAGGACAAGAAGGACGAGAACACCAGCAGCUCAGAGGGGAACUCGCGCUGCCAGACUCCGGUGAAGAUGAAGCUGACGGAGGAGGCGGAGUCAGUGGAGUGGAGCGGCGCCGAAGCUUCUCUCUUCAGGGUUCUGAUCGGGACGUACUACGACAACUACUGCGCCAUCGCCCGGCUCGUCGGCACCAAGACCUGCAGACAGGUUUACGAGUUCAGGGUCAAGGAGUCGAGCAUCAUCGCUCGGGCGCCGGCCGAGGACGAGGACACGCCCCCGAGGAAGAAGAAGAGGAAACACCGACUGUGGGCCACUCACUGCAGGAAGAUCCAGCUGAAGAAAGACGGCUCGUCCAAUCACGUGUACAACUACCAGCCGUGUGACCACCCCCGGCAGCCCUGCGACUCGUCCUGUCCCUGCGUCACCGCGCAGAACUUCUGUGAGAAGUUCUGCCAGUGCAGCUCCGAGUGUCAGAACCGGUUCCCGGGUUGCCGGUGCAAAGCCCAGUGCAACACCAAGCAGUGCCCGUGCUACCUGGCGGUGAGGGAGUGCGACCCCGACCUCUGCCUGACCUGCGGCGCCGCCGACCACUGGGACAGCAAGAACGUGUCCUGCAAGAACUGCUCCAUCCAGAGAGGAGCCAAGAAGCACCUGCUGCUCGCCCCCUCAGACGUGGCCGGUUGGGGAAUCUUCAUCAAAGAGUCGGUCCAGAAGAACGAGUUCAUCUCAGAGUACUGUGGAGAGAUCAUCUCUCAGGACGAAGCCGACCGCAGAGGGAAGGUCUACGACAAGUACAUGUGCAGCUUCCUCUUCAACCUCAACAACGACUUUGUUGUUGACGCCACGAGAAAAGGAAACAAGAUCCGCUUCGCCAACCACUCUGUGAAUCCCAACUGCUAUGCAAAAGUGAUGAUGGUGAACGGAGAUCACAGGAUCGGGAUCUUCGCCAAGCGAGCCAUCCAGACCGGAGAGGAGCUCUUCUUCGACUACAGGUACAGUCAGGCGGACGCUCUGAAGUACGUGGGGAUCGAGCGGGAGCUGGAGAUCGCCUGAGCCCGACGUCUCCCUCCUGAGGAUCAGCGACACGACGCCUUACACACAAACACACACAAACACACACACACGCUCACUUCAGGAAACCCAGACCACUCGUCAACUACGCUGGAGAGCUUCAGGAAAUCUGGGAAUAUUGUUUUUAUACCUUUUCAUAUCCACCUUUUUUUUUUUUUCUGCUGUCAGACCAAAUCUUCCUUUUCUGUUUUUUUGUAUUCACGAAUCUCCUCAGCUGAAAGUGACAUCACCUCCGAACUGAACGGUUCGUUUUAAACAAACAUCGGAGACGACAAACCCUCGACUGUGAAACUGGUUUCACUUCACCUCCGCUCUGUGUGAAGCUCGUUCUUCUUCUUCAGUGAACGAAGCAGCAGCCGCUGAUCUGUGGAGCCCGGCUGCUGCUUCAGGUGCUAACGUCAACAAACAGGAAACCCGACAAACGUCUGACGCUGUGUUUCCUGCUCCGGAAGGUUUCACUUCCUGUCUCCGCUGUCGUCUCGUGUUUUCCUCAGCGGCUCCACUGUGCUCGACUCCUCUUCCUCCUCCUGGUUUCUGCCUCGUCUUCACGUUGCUUCAGCUUCUUGUUCAAAGUCACUUUGACUCGAUGAAACUCAGGAGCAGUUUUUGAUCUGCUUGGUUCUGGAUUCAGGUCGUUCCUCAGUUUUAAAAGUGAACACGUCGAUAUUUGUGAGCUUCAAACUAUUUAUCAUGUCAAUGGGUUCUUUUCUGUUUAAUCGUGUGAUGCUUUCAAAUGUCGUGUUUAACGAACCUGAAGAGCUUCAAUUAAAAAUGGAUAUAAAACUUAAAAAUCUUGAAAUUAAAGUUUUGGAAACUGGAGAUAGUUUUCCAAAGAGGAAAUUCAGACUUGAGGAACUUGUGAGAACGUGAAGCUGCAGCCGAGGUCGUGUUUGGAAGCUCGUCUCUUUCUGCUGAGUCACCUCUCCAUGUUUGUAGAUCCUGGUUUUCACUUAGUGCAUGAAGAGGUUUUCAGAGGUGUCUCCUCCUGGUGACGUCCAGUCAGUAGAAUUUAAUCUUCUUGGUUUUCAGAGCUCUUCUCUUGUUAAAUAAUUAUGUUACUGACGUGCAGACCGACACUCCCUCUGGUGCUUUCUCCUGACGUCCACUUGAGGCCAAACCAGCCGCUCUUCUCUUUACCUCCAGCUGUCGAUCGGCAGAUGAAACUCGGUGCUUCAUCCUGAAAUAUGACUCCAGGUCGGGAAGAGAUUCUUUUAGUCUUUGUGACGUUUCCUGAACCGUUGAGUUUCUCAGACAGAUGUUCAGGAACAUCAACAUUCUGACAAUCGACAGUUUUCAUUAAGUGUUUAAAUCAGAAGCUCAACGUGUUUUUUCUUUUUAAUCGUUGAGCUGAAGACGUGUCGUGACUUUCUGAAAUCUUCAGCUUCUCUUUCUCCUCUCGUCAGACCAGGACCACUUUUUUCCUCCGAGAACACAGGUGCUGAUUUUUGUAAUGUUUACAGGGAUUAUUCUUGUUGUUGGAAGUUGAUGCAGAUAAAAAUAUUAUAAAUG